AUGGAUCCUGGUGAGCAGCCAACAGUCCCAAAAAGGCUAACUCAGAUAGAAGAAAUGCUUAUUGCUAGAGGAAACCCUAUCUUGCAAGUGAAUCAUACAAAUGGAGGUCAAUACAAGUACAGUGGACAUACAAUCAGUCUCCCACAAGACAUAAAAAAUAUAGCAAAGGAGCUUCCACGAAGAGUUUCUGACUUAGAUGUGCUUAUAAUAUGUCAAUUAAAUACUCAAGUUCAAUAUUAUGAAUGCUAUGUGAGUAGGUCACAUGUUAGAGAUGCAUUGGAAUACAAAGUAAAAAAUGAUCCAAAUUAUAAAGAUGUUAUAAUCAAUGAUGAUCACUUGUCAGAACUCCCUGAGAAAAGGACAAACAUUUCUGACAAAUUACAUACCAUUAAAACUAAUGAUGAAUUUAUAAACCUACAUACUACUAAUCAGACUGAUGAAGAAGAAUCUAAAAAUGAAAUACCAAACAUGUCAUCUUCUGUGGCUAAGUUGCCAAAUAGACACCAUGAACUUGAAAUCAUAAAGCAGGCAUUGGAGCUUGAAAAUAGUAUAAGUGAAAGCAUUAUUUGGCCUACAAUUGAUACAUCUCAAGUUAAUGAAUAUAAUACUGAGAGCUUACUUGACAUAGCAUUCCCUACACUUUUUCCAAAUGGAGCUACUCUACAAUCCCAACCACGAUUAAAGGAGGUAAAAAUGCACAUGUAUGUGUUACAAUUGAUACGGUUUUAUGACCAAUGGUUUGGAAGGCAUCGAAGGUUUCGAUAUUUUAUAUUCAAUCUUAUGAUGUGCCAUUGCAGCCAAGGACUUGCGACGAUAUUCAUUAAGAAAAAUGUAGAAGAGAACAUACCAACCACUGUUGAAAACCUUCAUGCACACCUCAAAACUCUUCCAAAUACACAAUUAGCUGAAGAGCUUAUGUGUUUUGGGUCAUCAAUGAGAGGGACAAGGCCAUAUUGGAACAAGUGUCACUUUGAGUUAUCCAGCAUGAUUAACCAAAUAGGAUCACCCACAUUAUUCUUCACACUGACUGCGGCUGACACAAAGUGGCCAAAUUUAUAG